AUGUUGACCACGGGCUGCAAUUUAGCAGGAUGCGGCACCGUAAGUUUAAAUCAGUUGUUCGUUUGUUCCCGGGUCAUACACCCCACCCACACCCCAUGGGCUCGAAUUCUUGGCUACUUCUACGACGCUGGCUCCGACACUGAGUUCCAUAAUCAACUGCCUCUGCAUGUUAUCGCCGCCAUUCUCGCCCAACUGGACACAAUCCGACAGCGUUACCUCACCAUCCUAAGCCACCGCAUCUUUCUCCAAGCUUUUAACGACAGCCACGGCUCGAUCGCCCGCAGCGUCGUCGCCAAUCAGAUACCCGAAAGUAAUCUCGCCUUCGACGUCGCUCUCUUGCAGUCGACAAAGAUCAACCCCGAGGAUGGUGAUGCAGUCCACAAGGUUCUCAAGUCUCUUAUGGCGGCAUCCUCCAACACGAAAGGCCCAACUCUCACUUCUCUCGCUAGUCUCUCUUUGUUUGACUACGCCUUUCUCAGCCAAAACCAUGCGGCCGCCGAGUCACUCGCCCAAAAUCUCGCCGAAGAAGUAAUUCCAGUUUUCACUGCAAGGAUGGGACUGGAGCCACCAUCGUCGGGCCUUACAACGCAUGAGACCCGCCGUCUAGUUAGGAUAUUCCUUCGGUACAGGGUUAUGUGUAUUUUGUUCUGCCUCGACGAUGGUGAGAACGCAUCGCAAAGUGCGCGUUCACGAUUUUUCUCAGCCUUCGCACUAUGGGAAAACGAGCAGUUAUUCUGCGUGCACUCCUAUUUGGAACGGAAGGUGACCGAGGCAUAUGAAGAUCUGGUCACUCAUGUCGUGGACUGGGGCGAGUUACCAGUCAACUGGUAUGAAGACCAAGGAGAAACCGACCGCAUUCAGUGGAUGAGGGUCCGCCUCAUCCGGCUAAGUGAACUCGGAAUCAAGUGGUUCGAAAAAGACCCGUUUCAGCAAUUGGCUUCUAUGGUGCCCGACGAGAGUCUUCUUGGACCUCUAGGCCUCGUCGAUGUAGAAGCACCUCUCCGCUCAUACACUGACACCCAACUCAAGCAGUUGGCGCAACCCUCGGCCGGCAUACAUGAUUCGACAGCUUCGAAUGCCUUUAAUCUCUGGUUCGACGCUCACGCGAAUGAUUCCAUAUUCUCUAGCGUGUUCAACCCGCAAGACGAGCAUCUAUGGGAGUGUGGUUACACUUUGUGGGACCAUCUCCAAGUCCCCGCCGCGCAGAUAGAAGAGAGAUUUGCGAUGAUUGGGUGA